AUGGCCUCCGGUUCAGGAAAGAACCAAUACGACAACGAAACCAAAGAACCGGUCUAUUCGCUGCGCCAGCGCGAGGAGUCCAACGCCGCCGCCGCUACAGAGCCGCCGCCCUCCGCUCCGCGGUUAGAGAUCAUCGAAGAAGAGGAAGAGGUCCAUGGGCCACCGGCAGCCGGAGGCCAGAACCCCUCCGCCGCCGCCGCCACCGCCACAGCUGCGGCGGCCGAGCAGAAGGGCGAGGAGACCGUGUCUCUUUUCUGGGCGGCCUGGGGCUCCGCUGGCGGCAAGCCCCCUGUUCCUCCACGCCCUCCCUCCUUCUCGAGAGCGGGCCCUCCCUCCUUCUCGAGAGCCGGAGGUCCGAGCGCCGCGUUCGAUUUGAAGAACGUGUUCGAUGAACUGAUGCUGGAGUGCCAGAGGGAGAGGAGCGGGGAAACGGACCAGAAAGCCGAGGCUGAGGGAACGCCGAGGCAACAGAAUGAGCAGGUGUUGUUUCCUGGAUAUUUCGACUACGUUCUUGAGCGAUUCCUGUUUGCUUGUGAUUUGGCCUUUGGGAUAUCGAAUCCUGCCGUUCUUGGGGAUCUUGGGGGAGGAUUUUGGAUACUGGAGUCUGGACCUAAGAAAUUGUGGACUCACCAGCACUUUGGCCCCAAAAAGGCAAGAAACCGCUCUGGAGAAAGGAUAGGAAUCUCCAACCGAAAUUACACAGUACCUCAUGUGAGCUACCAGAAACUCCACAUAACCGAGCUCAUUAGGCAUUACAAUCUCCUUGAAAUGGUUGCUGGACAAGGAGUGUUAUUUCAUUCACAUGCUCUGAACCUUCGCAAUGCCUAUUCUGAAUUUAGGCCAGUGCAUGGAGAUGGAGAGUGUUUCUACAGGAGCUUCAUAUUUUCCUACCUCGAGCAAGUCCUUCAUAGGCAGGAUACACAUGAGGAACACCGUCUUCUUGCUGCUAUUAAAGGAGUGGCUAGGCAACAUGCACGCCUUGGGUGGGCCUCCGAAUUUUCCAGGAGCCACAAAGCAUUUAAGAAGCUGAUAAAGAAAGUAAUGAGAUGGAAGACACACGGACGGUGGAAGCAUGUACCAACAAUUAACAGCUACCGCAUAGGGAAACUUCUUGAGUUCUUCAACGAUUAUAAGGGGACAGACGACAUUUUUGCUUUCCUCAGAUUGGUAGCAGCUAUCUGGAUAUGCUCGCACAGUGAAGAGUUUGUACCACUUAUACCUGAGCUCAAUGAAGGUCGCACUCUCACCGAAUGGUGCUUUCAAGAAGUUAUCCAGCGUAGGGUCUUUACAGAUCAUAUUCAGAUAACAGCACUAGUCAGGGCGCUUCGGGUGCCUCUGCGAGUGGAGUACCUCUUUCAAGAAGCUGGUCAAGACCUCUACAUUGGCCAAGAUCCCCAAGAUGAUAUGCCAAGAAGCACGUGUUGGCCACGUCAUCAUCAUCAAGUACCCCCUGAUCAUGAAGUUCCCCGUGUGACCGUGCUACACACGCAGGAGCACUAUGACAUCAUAUACCCAUACCAUCCUGAUGGUCCUGUGACUUCUGGUGAGAGCUCUGGUCAGCGGUCUGACAAGACAGAGAGCCAGGCCGCUAAGAGUCCAAGUCAACACCAGACGGGUAGCUGCAGUGGUGAGACAUCAAAUCAACAGAUUGACCGGGUAGAGGGCUCCACCUCCACUGGUACACAUGUUAUGGCUGGCCUGAUCAGGUUGCGUGCCAGUCUGAGGAGUUUGCCGUCAGUUCCUCGGUCGUCGUUCGCUCGGACACCUCCGGCUUUACAAGUGGCGGCUUGGUUUCCAAGCCCGCUAUUUCAUUCUGCUAACAUUCGUGAGAGCCGUGCUUUACUGGUAGCAGCACUGGAUGUAUCCAAGGAUGGGUCCUCGGUGGUUCUGGCGAAUAGCCAGCCUCCCAAAGGGGUUAUUGAGACAUUGCGCAAUGCUGAUGCAGUAUGUUUCGACGUCGAUAGCACCGUCAUCCUGGAUGAGGGUAUUGACGAGCUUGCUGAUUUCUGUGGGGCAGGGAAAGCUGUUGCUGAAUGGACAUCAAAAGCCAUGACUGGGACUGUUCCAUUUGAGGAGGCGCUGUCAGCUAGGCUGUCUUUAAUCAAGCCAUCUCUCUCCCAGGUGGAGGAGUGCCUGAAGAAGAGGCCACCAAGGAUUUCUCCUGGAAUGGCUGAUUUGGUUAAGAAGCUAAAAGCUAAUAAUAUUGAUGUAUUCCUUGUGUCAGGAGGCUUCCGACAAAUGAUCAAGCCUGUGGCAUUUGAGCUUGGUAUUCCUCCUGAAAACAUCAUUGCAAACCAUCUGCUCUUUGGCACUUUGGGGGAGUACGCUGGAUUUGAUCCCACAGAGCCCACUUCACGCAGUGGGGGUAAAGCAAAAGCGGUGCUGCAAAUAAAACAGGACCAUGGCUACAAGGCAGUCGUUAUGAUUGGUGAUGGCGCAACUGAUCUUGAGGCUCGGCAACCUGGCGGGGCAGACUUGUUCAUCUGUUAUGCCGGUGUUCAAAUGAGGGAGCCAGUCGCAGUAGAAGCUGACUGGGUGGUUUUUGAUUUUCAAGAGCUGAUCACCAAGUUGUCAUAA